UCAAGCCCCUAGGCAUGCAGACUGCUUCUACAAACAUUGGUGAAAGAAUGGGUCGCUCUCAGGAGCUCAGUGACUCCAAGCGUGGUCCCCGUGAUAGGUUGCCACCUGUGCAAUAAGUCCAUCCGUGACAUUUCUACUAAAUAUUCCACGCUCAACUGUUAGUGGGAUUAUAACAAAGUGGAAGCAACUGGGAACAACAGCAACUCAGCAGCCACCAGUGGUAGGCCACGUCACAUGACAGAGCGGGGUCAGCGCAUGCUGAAGUGCACAAUGCGCAGAAGUCGCCAACUGUCUGCAGAGUCAAUAGCUAAAGACCUCCAAACUUGGUGUGGCCUUCAGAUUAGCACAACAACAGUGCAUAUAGAGCUUCAUGGAAUGGGUUUCCAUGGCCGAGAGCAGCUGUAUUCAAGCCUUACAUCAUCAAGUGCGAAGUGCAAUGUGAUGGACGUGUCUGGGUUUGGCAGUUGCCAGGAGAACAGUACUUGCCUGACUGGAUUGUGCCAAGUGUAAAGUUU